CUUUCGGAAGCUUGUACCGGUGUUGGUAGUGUUCGGCUCACGGUGGGAGGUCUGGGAUGGCCGUUUAUCACGACGAGGUAGAGAUCGAGGAUUUCGAGUUCGACGAGGACACGGAGACCUAUUAUUACCCGUGUCCAUGCGGAGAUAGAUUCGCUAUCACUAAGGAAGAACUGGAAAGUGGAGAGGAGGUUGCCACUUGUCCUAGCUGUUCAUUGAUUGUACGAGUUAUCUAUGACAAGGAUGAGUUUAUGCAGGGCGAAGUGGUUCCUGAGCCAGUGACCAACAAAGCCGAGUUGUUAAAGUGCUGAGUAUCUUUUACUUCUAAUGCUUACCUGCAAAGGCACUGAGCAAGACUUUCCAUUUGGAUACUGACUGCGGUUAUUUACAACGAUUCAUUGUGCUUUCUGGAAAUACCAAGUGGAUCCAAACCUUUCUCUUGCCUCUCAAAGACUGGUGAAAACAUGUUUAGGAUGACGCAGAAAUUACAAUCCUACAGAUUGCAUGCAAGCAGUGUGUGUGAAGGAUGCCAAAGCAUUUAUCGUGAUGAGCAUGGGAUUGAUUAACAUCCUUUUUAGGAUAUCCUUCUUGGGAUGAAAAUCUCUACAUAUUGUUGUUUUUCUCAGAUAUACUUCCAGCAUGUUUUCAGUUAAUUCCAAGCAUUAGCACGUUUACAGCCUCUGUAAGGGAUCUCCUGUAGGUUUGGCGACAAUGGCCAAUUUUAUAGGAACAUAGCAAAAACUAAUGCUUGUGGUUUUGAGGUUAAGCU